UCUCUCUCUCUCUCUCUGUCUGUCUGUCUCUCUCUCUCGCUGUCUUGGGAGCACAGGGCGGCCGACAGACGCAGAGAGGCAGGUCUCCUCCCUGCAGCUCCAGGGCUAUAUCUUCCUAUCUGAGCCACUAUGAACCUUGUGAACAGCAGCCAGUGGUUCCUGACCCAGCCGUCUCCCAGCCCAGCAGGACCCAGUACAGGACUGGGCUGUAGUAAUACCUGGCAGGCAGAGACAGGCCGCAUCACUCAGAUGGUCAUCACCGUGCUCAUCUUCCUGGUGGGCGUGUCCUUGAACAGCCUCGUGGUGUAUGCGUUGGCCUGGCGUGGGCGUGGCCGCCUGACGAGGCGUGGCAGCUUGGGCCAAGGGGAGACGCGCGGCGCCAGCAGCUUCCGUGUCUACGUAGUGAACCUGGCGCUGGCUGACCUGGUCCUCCUCCUCCGCACCCCUCUGAUGCUGGCGUACCUGGCCCACAGCUGUAGCUGGCCCGUGGGGAAACUGGCCUGUCGCCUGGUGGUGUUCCUUAGAGGCCUGGGACUAUACGCCGCAGCCUUCCUGCUGUGUGCCGUGGCUGUGGAGAGAUGUCUGUGUCUCCUCAGGCCGGUCUGGUCCAGUCUGAAGCGUCCUCGCUGGGCAGUUCCCCUGGUGUGUGGUCUCCUCUGGGGGCUGGCUGCUGCCCUGGCUACCCCUUACCUCCACACUGCCGACCUGCUGGAGCUCAACGGUACUACCCAGUGUCUGGAGAGCCUGGGGUACAGCACGGGGCUGUUUGUGACCGAGACGGUCGCCGGGUUCCUCAUGCCGUUAACGGUGUUCCUGGUGAGUAACGUAGCCGUGCUGUGGACCGCCAGGCAGGCAGGAGUCUCCGGACCAACCUCUCCAUCCUCCUCUUCUUCCUUUUCGGCGACUGCGAGACAGAUGGCCAGGCUGUACCGGGUCCUCUUCCUCACCAUGCUCCUCUUCCUGUCCUGCUGGGUCCCCUACUUUACCUGUCGCUUCCUGCGGGCGCUGGCUGCAGGGCGGCCUGACCGGGCGGGGCUGUACCGGGCGUCGUUCACGGGGGCAUACGUCUCUCUGUUCCUGGUGUACCUGAAGAGCUCCCUGAAUCCUGUCCUCUAUGUGUUCGCCGCCCGAGGCCUGGGGCGAACCGUCCGCGCCUCGCUCCCCUCCACCAUCGAGAGAGUCUUCAAUUAUGACUAUUCUGACUCCAGGAGUAGACGGACCCUAAGGAGGGAGGAUUCACAGAUCUAGUGCCCUAAAAAGCCCUGUUAGGGACCAUGUACAUAUGGAAGAUUCACAGAUCUAGUGCCCUAAAAAGCCCUGUUAGGGACCGUACAUAUGGGAGAUUCACAGAUCUAGUGCCCUAAAAAGCCCUGUUAGGGACCGUACAUAUGGGAGAUUCACAGAUCUAGUGCCCUAAAAAGCCCUGUUAGGGACAGUACAUAUGGGAGAUUCACAGAUCGAGUGCCCUAAAAAGCCCUGUUAGGGACUGUACAUAUGGGAGAUUCACAGAUCUAGUGCCUUAAAAAGCCCUGUUAGGGACCGUACAUAUGGGAGAUUCACAGAUCUAGUGCUCCACAGCCCUGUUAGGGACCUUGCAGUUUUACUAGCAGACUGUAGAGAUCCACUGUGACUGCUGGCCAACGAACUCAGACGUUACAGGCUUACUUCAGCCCUGUGUGGACUACAUGGACUGCAUUAUUAUAGCUAUAGGCAUUAUCUUAGACUGGGUGACAGUCUUGCUUCAGCGCUGUCUGGACUACAUUAUUAGGACUAUAUUGCAUUAUCUUAGGCUGGGUGACAGUCUUGCUUCAGCGCUGUCUGGACUACAUUAUUAGGACUAUAUUGCAUUAUCUUAGGCUGGGUGACAGGCUUGCUUCAGCGCUGUCUGGACUACAUUAUUAGGACUAUAUUGCAUUAUCUUAGGCUGGGUGACAGGCUUGCUUCAGCCCUGUCUGGACUACAUUAUUAUAGCCAUAGGCAUUAUCUUAGACUGGGUGACAGUCUUGCUUCAGCCCUGUCUGGACUGCAUUAUUAUAGCUAUAGGCAUUAUCUUAGACUGGGUGACCGUCUUGCUUCAGCGCUGUCUGGACUACAUUAUUAGGACUAUAUUGCAUUAUCUUAGGCUGGGUGACAGGCUUGCUUCAGCCCUGUCUGGACUACAUUAUUAGGACUAUAUUGCAUUAUCUUAGGCUGGGUGACAGGCUUGCUUCAGACCUGUCUGGACUACAUUAUUAGGACUAUAUUGCAUUAUCUUAGGCUGGGUGACAGGCUUGCUUCAGACCUGUCUGGACUACAUUAUUAGGACUAUAUUGCAUUAUCUUAGGCUGGGUGACAGGCUUGCUUCAGCCCUGUCUGGACUACAUUAUUAGGACUAUAUUGCAUUAUCUUAGGCUGGGUGACAGGCUUGCUUCAGCCCAAUGACAUCAUCAGACCUGGGCUUUCGGGGAUUUAGCCCCGAGUCUUGGUGUAAAACGAGCUCGGCUCCACUGCAUUACACACUGCAACGAACUCUCCCAUCAUGAGCCCUGUCCUGGCCUGCCUCUUCAGUGAUGCCUAAAACCACCAUUUCUGUGUACGGUGGCACUUUCGGAGGCACGAGUCAUAGUGGUUUCUCAAAGUAAUUUUUGAUUCGCCUAAAACAAAUGAGCCACGUUGGGCAGAACCAAGCACGACUUAGCGAGAUCCUAUUGGCUCGUUCUAUUAUCAUCUGCAUAUUUCUGUUAGAGAACGCCUCCUCUGUGAAGUGCGCAUGUGCAAUAAAUUAAUUCGCCUUUACACUCCGAAAACAACGCGAUUAAAAAUUUAAAAAAAUAAAGUUUUGCAAAUGUUAAAGUCUACAAACCUUAGUCUAAUUUGUUCAUAAGAUAUUCUAGUUUUUGGAACAUAAAACUUUAUUGAAAAUUUUGGCCCAAAUCCAUUUCCCUCCAGUGGGCUUCCUCUCAGUCCCACAUGGAAACGCCAAGCAGAUGCUUCACUUCUAAAAACCACUGAAAUAUCUAUAACAAUAUCUAUUGUUCUGUGGCCGAAAAAAAGGAGAAAGAGAACAAGAGCGAGGUCCACUUUGUCAGCGUGUUAUUAAUAUAGGCCACAAUGAUGAUGUUAUUCAGAGUUAUUGACCUCACAGUAAACCAGAUUCGAGUCAUUUACAAUUCAACAUGUUGAUUCAAAAGCUGCGCUGACAGAUAACGUUAAAACUAACUAACGUGAGGGACUACCCAGUCUAGCUAUAACGUUAAACUAACUAACGUCAGGGAGUACCCAGUCUAGCUAUAACGUUAAACUAACUAACGUGAGGGAGUACCCCGUCUAGCUAUAACGUUAAACUAACUAACAUUAGGUAGUACCCCGUCGAGCUAUAACGUUUAACUAACGUCAGGGAGUACCCAGUCUAGCUAUAACGUUAAACUAACUAACGUCAGGGAGUACCCAGUCUAGCUAUAACGUUAAACUAACUAACGUCAGGGAGUACCCAGUCUAGCUAUAACGUUAAACUAACUAACGUCAGGGAGUACCCAGUCUAGCUAUAACGUUAAACUAACUAACGUCAGGGAGUACCCAGUCUAGCUAUAACGUUAAACUAACUAACGUCAGGGAGUACCCCGUCUAGCUAGCAGUGCAGCUUCAUUAACAACCUAACACAUCUUAUGAGCAGGGUUUUGACAGUACAGUCAAUUACAUGUUUUUAUUAUUAUUUAUUUCUCAAGGUAUGUCAGUUAGAAACAAAUUCUUAUUUACAAUGACAGCCAAACCCGAACGACGCUGGGUCAAUUGUAGGACUCCCAAUCACGGCCGGAUGUGAUUACAGCCUGGAAUCGAGCCGAGGACUGUAGUGACGACUCUUACACUGACAUCAGUGCCUGAGACAACUCGAAUCCAAUCCAACUGCUGAAGCUCUGUUCACCACCCGACAUAAGUAUAACUAACCAAUUACUGUUUAAUCAGGUACUGUCCAGAUAUGUUAGACAUUACUGGUAAAGAUGACGUUAGCCACGUUUGGUAGCUGCAGCUCAAUUAGCUUUCUGUUGAAAAAACACAACUCGAUAGCUUGAGUAAACAUGUUUUCCCCAAAAUGUAUAGACGAUGGACAUACGGAACUGAAGAUGCAACUCAACAAACACGGUUGUUGUAUUUGCAGCAGUAAGUGAAUAGUUUGUGUUUUCAAUGAUUGAUCAUCUCGCUACACGGUCGAUGGGUUGGCUGCCAACGAUGGGCGCUCCUCAGCCUGUUGUGGUCCUGGAUGGCCAGACUGCUCGCAAGGGAGACACUGUCAUGUGGGGAAUCAUACAGGGCUUAUUUCAGCAUGUUUCAUCUUGUUAUUGAUACCAUGUUUGACUGAUUUAAUGUCAAUGCAAAUGUAUAAAAAUGUUUUAAAAAGUGUGAUAACUUGCUCACCGUCAACUGUAAUGAUGUAUUUGAAACAACAAGUGGUCAUUGUGCAAAUGUUUUGUUUUUUCAUUCCAAUAAACAUCGGAGACGAAAUAUAGUUUCCACGUUAACAAUCUAA